ACUAUCAUACACGCAGCGCGUGAAAUCUCAGCAGCCAGCAGCACUGCUCGCGGUACAAUAUGAGGCUGCAGUGAAGACCUGUGGCACCGGGGGCCGUUAUGAGUGGGAAGAGCCUCUUGUUGAAGGUCAUUCUCCUGGGGGAUGGCGGCGUGGGCAAAAGCUCCCUGAUGAACCGCUACGUGACCGACCGCUUCGACUCGCAGUCGUUCCACACCAUCGGUGUGGAGUUCCUCAACCGUGAUUUGGAGAUCGACGGCCGGCUGGUCACCCUGCAGAUCUGGGACACAGCGGGCCAGGAGCGCUUCAAGAGCCUGCGCACACCCUUCUACCGCGGGGCGGACUGCUGCCUGCUCACCUUCGCUGUGGACGACCUGCAGAGCUUCCAGAACCUGGGCUGCUGGAAGAAGGAGUUCAUGUAUUACUCAGACGUACGAGACCCGGAGCGCUUCCCCUUUGUGGUGCUGGGAAACAAAGUGGACAAGGAGCAGCGGGAGGUCGGCGAGGAGGAGGCCCGGGCUUGGUGUGAGGAAAACGGCUGCUGUCCGUACUUCGAGACCAGCGCCAAGGACGACACGAACGUGGGGGCCGCUUUCGAGGCUGCUGUCCGGGAAGUCCUGGCCAGCGAGGAUCCCAUCGACCACACCCUGCUGAGCAGCUCCAUCGAUCUCCACGGAAAUCGUAAAGUGGCUCGCUCGUCCUGCUGUUGAGGUGCUUCUGAUGGUGCGUUCAAGUCAUGUCGGAUAGAUCGUAUUUACGAGUUGAAUGCACAUGAACGGCACUACAAAGUCUUCUUAUAUGGAAGCCCUGCCACUGAAUAAAAAUUUUAAAAAAGGUAAUUGCGACUUUUUACCUCACAAUUCUGACUUUUUUCUCACAAUUGCGAGUUUAUAUUCGCAAUUACCUUUUUUAUAUUUUUUUUUAUUCAGUGGCGGAAACGGGCUUGCAUAUUAUUAUGAGAGGGAAACUCAAUAUUUUCUUUAAGCCCUGAGUUUCCAAGUUGAGGGCGUGUCCAUGAAAAAAUGUGUCGGAUGCAGUGGACGCAGCCAAAGACUAUAGCUUGUUUGCAAUCAUGCGAUUCUGAUGAUGUGCGAAAUGCAGCUGGAG